UAUAUCCGCUAAUUCUGCGACAGAUUUUUACCCACGAGCACCAGCUGCUGUCAACCAACAUAUCAAAGUUCCGUGUUGUGAAGCUCCGAGUUUGGGACGCUUUUUAUUUAGCUCCGCUGAGGUCUGAGGUGAAAGGAAUUAAGCUGCUCGGCAUGGCCUCGUCUGACGACACAGAAGUGUUUCUUACUCCCGUGGAUUUUAUCCAGCUGCAGCAUUACAUGGAAUACAGCAGUCUUAGGGUGAAAGAUGUGAUUAAGGAGUUUAACCCUGGUGGUCGGCUGGUCCAGCACAGCUUUGGAGAGUAUGUGGAUGCAGAGGGGUUCUGUCUUUUUCUCAAGACUUAUCUAGAAGUGGAUGACUUUCCUGCAGAUUUCUGCCAACGUCUUUUUCACUAUUUUCAACAUGUGGAGCAUGAUGCGCCCAGCAAGAGCCCUCUGCCCAGAGGAGGUGGGGUCUUUCUUCGCGAUGUGUCCUGUUACUUCUCAGUGCUGGAGAAAGGACUGCCACGCGACAAGCUCGAAUUUUCCUUCACACUUUACGAUAAAGACUGCAACAAACUCCUGGACAGCUCUGAGGUGGAUCGUAUAAUCACCCAGAUGAUGCGAGCCGCUGACUACCUCGGCUGGGACGUGUCUGAACUCAGACCAGUGCUCAAAGACAUGAUGACAGCAAUUGAUGUGGAUGACAGUGGGACUGUCACUCUAGAGGAAUGGGUGAAGGGAGGCAUGAACAAUGUGCCUUUGCUUGUUCUGCUUGGACUAAAGAUGACAGAGAGAGAUGGACAGCAUAUUUGGAGGAUGAAGCACUUUAACAAGCCAACAUACUGCAACGUGUGUCAGAGCAUGCUGCUUGGCCUUGGAAAGCAGGGACUCUGCUGCACCUGUUGCAAGUACACUGUUCACAGUCAUUGUGCCAACAAGAAUCCUGAACCCUGUGCCCGUACCUUUGGCAGAUCUAGAAAGGAGAUUGGUUGUCACAACCACAACUCACAACCUGUAAAGGAUCACAACAGUGAACUGGCCAAGUUUCGUCAGCUGCUUCCAGAGAUAGCAGCUCACGACUGGAUCAGAGCGGACUGUAAGUCCACCAAAUGUCAUGUCUGCCACAAGAAAAUCAAGACUUUAGUGGGGAGGCGUUGUGUGUGGUGCCAGGAGAUGCGUCAUGAUGAGUGUAUUUUCUCUGGCUUAUCGUCCUGUGAUUGUGGGCCACUGAGAGAUCAUAUACUGCCUCCAUGGGCCAUACACGCUGUCUCAAAGGAGGAAGACACCAGCUUAUUAAACGUCACCCCUGAUGGCCACAUCCUGCAGAUUGUUUCAAUUCCAGACACCCACCCUCUGCUGGUUUUUGUAAACCCAAAAAGUGGAGGAAAGCAGGGAGAACGAGUGCUCAGGAAGUUUCAGUACCUGCUGAACCCACGUCAAGUGUACAACCUUUCCAAUGGAGGUCCUGCUGCAGGACUACACUUCUUCCGCAAUCUGCGUGAGUUCAGGAUCUUGGCGUGUGGAGGAGACGGUACCGUUGGGUGGCUCCUGGAUGCUAUAGACAAAGAAGACCUGCAGGUGCAUCCUUCAAUUGCUGUCCUGCCUCUGGGCACUGGGAAUGACCUAGCUCGCUGUCUACGCUGGGGAGGAGGCUACGAUGGGUCAGACUUGAGAGAGAUCCUGAAGGAGAUCGAAGCUAGUGAGGGGGUUUGCAUGGACCGCUGGAGCAUCCAGGUGGUACCAAACGACCCCCAAGAGGCUGGGGACCCUGUGCCAUACGAGAUCAUUAACAACUACUUCUCUGUUGGAGUGGAUGCCUCCAUCGCUCAUCGUUUCCACUCCAUGAGAGAGAAACACCCCCAGAGGUUCAACAGCAGAAUGAAAAACAAACUUUGGUAUUUUGAGUUUGCCACCUCUGAAACCCUCUCUGCGUCUUGCAAGAGGCUGAAGGAGUGUCUCACGAUUAAGUGCUGUGGAAGAACUCUGGACCUGAGCAGCAUGUCUCUUGAGGGCAUAGCUGUCCUCAACAUACCCAGCAUGCACGGAGGCUCCAACCUCUGGGGCGAGUCCAAGAAUUCUGAUAGCGGGCCAGUGGUGGAGCCCAGUGACGUUAUCACUGACCAUGAACUUCUUAAAACCAUCUCUCAAGAUAUGAGUGACAAGCGCUUGGAGGUGGUGGGCCUGGAAGGAGUCAUAGAGAUGGGACAGAUUUACACUGGACUAAAGAAUGCCGGGCACAGACUAGCUCAGACUUCCCAAAUUACCAUCAGGACAAUUAAAGCCCUGCCCAUGCAAAUUGAUGGGGAGCCAUGGAUGCAGCCUCCAUGUACUGCAGCUGGUGAUGAAGUUCACAGCAGCUCACGCUGUUCAAUAACACUAUCUUACCUGGCUGUUCCUGUGUCUUUCCCUGUCACUGUUCAUCCACCUGAUGUCAUCAUUUCAGUUUAAAGCAAUGAUGUGAGAAACAUGUCACUGAAUGUGACUGGGUGGAGUUUUAUAAAGAUUAUCUCUACAAUUUUAGUCCUGAAAGUGCUGGACAGAUGGAGUUUGAUUGAGCUCUCCCAAAUUCACCAAGUUUAGUAUAAAACAGCAUUCCACUGUAUUUAAUAUAUUAGGUGCACAAUAUUUUCUAUAUGUUGUUGUCCUGUAAAUUUGAUGACAAUGUUAUCUUUGGAUCAUCUUUGUAACAAGAUGCUUUCAUUGCAUAGGCUUUUUCAAUUUAGUCACACAAUACACAGAAGCCUUCAGAAAUAUAAUCAAAUAGGAUGUAUUCCACCAAAUAAUAUAUUUUGUGGCUUGAAAAAUGUUGGAAGAAAAUGUUGAUGAGAUUUUGUUUCAGUUAUGUGCAUUAUGUGUCUUUCAGGUGUCAGUACCGUAGUCUUGUGUUGAGUCUAUUAGUGCAUACAGUAGUACAUGUAUACAUGUAACAUGCCUGCAUGUUCAUUUAUUAUCUUGUCUUACUGUCAGAUUGUGUAGCUGUCAUUCGCAUGUGUGUCUUGACAAUGUUGCAUACUCAGUUUCAGUGACGCUCAUACAGCAUCCCAUUGACAACAUUUAUUGAAUUUUCCUUAGAAAUAAUUACAAUCUGUUUCCCCACUACAAGUCUCUUUAGAAUAUACUGUCCGACCUGUUUAUAUUUGGGGAGAUUGCACUGUAUGGCGCAGCUGAAUAUGAAGCUCUCGCAUGAGACAGACUUGUACCAUAAGGUGCGACAGAAUUUAUUAUGAGAAUACAAAAUAAAAAAAGUCAUCUAAAUGUUAAACUCUUUUAAAGGACAAAUGGCUGAAUACCUGAAUGUUUACAUGGUCAUAUAAAUCACCUGCUUUCAAAUUAGAAAAAACACAAAUUUCACUGUAAAAACAUCCUUAACACUCCCAUGCUUAUCUGCUAUAAAAAAUGUUUAUGAGCGCUG